AUGAGCAAACUUUUAGUUAUUUUGGGAGCUACAGGCCAACAAGGGGGGUCUAUUAUUUCAUAUAUUCUUAAUAAUCCUUUAUUAUCAAAAGAGUAUAGUCUUCGAGGGAUUUCACGCGAUGCUUCUUCACCAAGAGCUCAAGCUCUUAAACUGAAAGGAGUUGAAAUAUUUGAAGCAGAUAUCAAUAGACCUGAUUCUUUGAAGAAUGCUUUUAGAGAUGCUAAUAUUGUUUUUGGACAAACAAAUACGAUUUAUGAAAACAAUUCAAAGGAAAGAGAAUUGAUGCAAGGUAAGGCAAUUGUUGAUGCUGCUGUUGCAGCAGGUGUCCAAUAUUUUAUUUGGAGCACUAGUACAAAUGUGACGAAAAUUACUGAGGGCAAAUUGAAGCAGGUAAUUCAUUUCGAUGUUAAAGCGGAGAUUGAAGAAUAUAUCAGAGCACUACCUAUCAAGAGUGCUUUUUAUGCCCCAGGAUCAUUCAUGCAAAAUUUACAUUCUGUUAUGACCCCACACCCUGUUGGAGAUGGAACCUAUGCGAUCUCAAAUAUUUAUGAACCUGAAACAAAAAUUCCAUGGAUCGAUAUCGCUAAUGAUACCGGUAAAUUCAUUGCACCUAUAUUAACUGAUCCUACAAAAUAUGAAGGAAAGAUAUUAUCUGCGGCCAUAAAGCUUUAUUCGCUAGAGGAAGUUGCAAUAACAUUGAGUAAUGCAACAGGUAAGGUAGUGAACUAUAGGAAAGUAUCAGAAGAAUUUUUGCGUCCAUUUUUACCGCCUUCAUUUGCUAAUGAAUUAAUUGAAAUGUUCUUGUAUAUUAGAGACUAUGGCUAUUAUGGUCCUCUGACUAAAGAAGAUGUUGAAUGGUCAUCUCAGCAAGCACAGGGAAAACUCAUUACGAUUGAAGAGUAUCUUGCUAUUGAUCCGCUCGACCUAAAUUGA